AUGGAAGAGGAGGAAGAGAUUCCCGUCAAGUAUCGACUUCGCGGUGAGACUGAUUGGCAAGUGAAGAAGGAGGCUGUGAUGAAGUUGGGAAAGACCGAGUGGGCGAUCCGUCUGAAACUAUGCAAACAAGGCGACGACCACCAAUACUACUCUCUCCACGUGGUGCUUCUCACCCCGGGAAAAGUGUCUCGUAUCCAAAUCAAAUGCACUCGUGAAGGAGAAACCAAAACCGAUUGGCAACAGGAGUACACCUUCGGCAGCAAGCAGUCGACAGUCGUCAAUCCGUGUCUGAUGAAAGUUGGCGAGCAACGGGACAAAGUGACAUUCGUUGUGGAAAUCAAGCAAUUAUGCGAAUAUGACAACCCGAUUCUGGAGUUACCCGACGACAUCUGCUUCCCGAAUUCUGAUUAUGCAUUGACAGUGGGAACCAAGAAGCUGCAUGUCGACUCGGAGUACCUAAAACGUCGUGCUCCACUGCUUGGCUACAUGUUUGAGGAUGAGGAGAAGAAGGAGUACGAGGUGGAUAAUGUGGAUUUUGCGGAUCUGGUGGAUGCGUUUGGAGUGUUUCAGCAUAGAUGGGAGUUUCCAGCGGAACGUCUUCUCACCCUUAUUCCAAUUGCACGGAAACUUGGCUUCGAUGUCUGGGGACCCGCUCUCAACCGAGAAUUCUCACAGCUGGUGUAUCGCGCGGACCCUGUGAAAAUUGUGGCAAAGGAAGCCGAGGAAAUCCAGGAAUUCCAGUUUAACACAACUUUAAAGCUACCUAUUGAGGAUGUGGAGGCUAUGGGCGCCUCCACGAUUCCAGAUAAUCAGAAUCAUCUGGUGACGUGGGAGGAGCAGAAUCGGAAUUGCUUGAUCUACACUUACACCCAAGAAAUCCUUGGUCAGAAGUACUUCUCUCUCGGAUUCCAAAUGUCUCGCCCAUCGACGUCGGAUUCUGAUUCUAGAGAUGGAGAUGAUGAAGUGAAUGUCACCGAUGACGACGAUGCACGCUCAGGGUACUCGGAAUCAAAUUCUGAAUCCAAAUUCUUCGAUAUUGAAAUCCAUCUGAUAAACGAUAAAGGCGAACGGCUGAUCUCUGACAGAAUCCGAAGAAUUCGAGACGAUGAGUAUACAAUAGUUGGGUCCCCGGUGUUCGCACUAUUCGAGGAUGUUCUAGGCAACUGUGUCGACGGGCGAGUGGAGUUGGAAUUCAACUUUGUGGAGAAUCUGGAUGACGAGGAUGAGGAUAAUAUGACUCCAGAUGAGAAUCUAGAUUUCGAGGGAGAUUUCAAGCUGCCACCUAAGAUCAGAAUGCCUGGAGUCACCAACGGCGAAAUCCAAUGUGAAGGAAGAAUCAUCCAAAUCAAUCGAGAGUACCUCUCCCAUCACUCUGAAUACUUCCGUGGACUCUUCUCAAAACGAUUCAAGGAAGGCCAAAUGGAUUGUAUCACUCUCCCAGCGGAGCACCUCAACACACUAUGCUCGGCUCUAGAUCUACUCUACAAUCGGAGACUUGUUCUGAGUGAUGUGGAGAUCUCGCGGGUGUUGGACUUCUCGGAUCGGGUGUGCUUGAAGACGUUGACCGAUGGGUUGCAGAGUCAGUUGUGGAAUAGCAAAGUGAUGGAUGUGGGAGAUAAGAAGUGGUUGGCUGAGCAGUUUAUGUUGACGGAUUUGGAGAUCAAAUGCACAAUGGAACAAAACGAGGAGAUGCUCCGUGCCGCCCGGGCCUCCCGUAAACGUACCCGCCCCGCCGAUUUCCAAGAUGAACCACUUGACGCCCCGCCCCCACCGAACCCAGAGCGUGUGCUCCAAGAGCUGCCGGAUAUGGUGAUGAAUGAACAAAUGAGCUCAUGA